AGGAAGUGACUUCGGGAGUGGAGCCGGCUGAGCCAGCGGCAGCGGGGCUGAUGGAAGUGGAGUGGGGGCUUGAGAGGGCACCGUACCGUAUCCAGCAUGCUCCAAGGCCACAGCUCUGUGUUCCAGGCGCUGCUGGGGACUUUCUUCACAUGGGGGCUGACGGCAGCUGGGGCAGCUCUCGUGUUCGUAUUCUCUAGUGGACAGAGGCGGAUCUUGGAUGGAAGUCUUGGCUUUGCUGCAGGGGUCAUGUUAGCAGCUUCCUAUUGGUCUCUCCUGGCCCCAGCCGUUGAGAUGGCCACGUCCUCUGGGGGCUUUGGUGCCUUUGCCUUCUUCCCCGUGGCCAUUGGCUUCACCCUCGGAGCUGCUUUUGUCUACCUGGCUGACCUCCUGAUGCCUCACCUGGGUGCCGCAGAAGACCCCCCGACGGCCCUGGCACUGAACUUCGCCCCUGCAUCGAUGAAGAAGUCUGACACUGAGGGUCCCAGGCUGCUCUUCCCAGAGAGUGAACUUUCCAUCCGGAUAGGUAGAGCUGGGCUUAUUUCAGACAAGAGCGAGAACGGCGAGGCCUAUCAGAGGAAGAAGGCGGUGGCCACGGGCCUUGCCGAGGGCCCUGCCGCCCCAGUGCCUCCUCGAGGGAACCCGGCGCAGCCUGGAAGCAGCAGCUGGAGGAGGAUCACCCUGCUCAUCUUGGCCAUCACCAUCCACAACAUUCCAGAGGGACUUGCUGUCGGCGUUGGAUUUGGGGCUGUAGAAAAGACGGCAUCAGCCACCUUCGAGAGUGCCAGGAAUUUAGCCAUUGGAAUCGGGAUCCAGAAUUUCCCAGAGGGCCUGGCUGUCAGCCUCCCCUUGCGAGGGGCUGGCUUCUCCCCCUGGAGAGCCUUCUGGUACGGGCAGCUGAGCGGCAUGGUGGAGCCACUGGCCGGGGUCUUGGGCGCCUUUGCCGUGGUGCUGGCUGAGCCCCUCCUGCCCUACGCCCUAGCCUUUGCUGCUGGCGCCAUGGUCUAUGUGGUCAUGGACGACAUCAUCCCGGAGGCUCAGAUCAGUGGUAACGGGAAACUGGCCUCCUGGGCCUCCAUCCUGGGAUUCGUGGUGAUGAUGUCCCUUGAUGUUGGCCUGGGCUAGUGCUGAGAUGCUUCGGACCCCAGGAAAAAUGGCACCAGGAAACUGCAAUGGUUGGCUUCAAUGGGACCACAAGCCUCUUCCUUUACAUUAAAACACUUUUCCUUUCUCUCCUUUUCAUCUCAUUAUCCUGAUUGACUCUGAUUAUAGUAAGACAGUUUUUACUCUUCUUUGGAGGGAGAUCUUGGUUUCACUUAGAAUGUCAAGGUGUCACGGAACUCCAUAUUUUUGUUUGGCCACUGCAUAGAAUCUUUCUUUGGCGGUAUUACCAAGGACGCCCAGAUCAGGGAAGUCUCUGCUGUCAUACUUUCAGUCUCCCUCACUGGGCUCAGUGGCAGCUUCUCAAGGUCCCCGCCUGCAGGAGCAAGCUACCAAGAGAGAAGCCUCCUAAGCAUUUUUGCCUCAUGACUCAGAGCGGAAUGGCCAGGACAUCUCUCAUCUGUCCCUCCUGAUCGUUCACCAUUGAUCAUGUGCCCAUGAGACGGGAACCGGAACGUCACGGUCAUAGCAACCCACUCUCCAUGGUCCAGCCAGCCCAAGAGAACAUGCCUUCCUCUGCAUCCCCCGAGGGAGAUGCUGUAUGGGAGGGGACACAGACAAAGGGAAGGAAAUAGGUUAGUCUUUCUCUUUCUUUCUUUUUUAAUUUUUUUUAAGGCAAAAUUGACACUAUUGAUGUUAAGGGAAUUAGGGAAUUCAGACAACUAUGAACACAGAGUGUGAAUGCAGCUUUGAUUAGAGACCUCUGCACUCUAUGGAUCCCAGAGCAAAGGGGUUUGUCAUGGUGUCCAAAUCCCCUAGACAUUUAUUUUGAUAAAUUUAUAGCCUUCAGUUUUCCAAGAGACUUGGGGACACCAGCGGACAGUUGGAACUCAAAUCCUCGUGUAGUUAUGGAGGGAGCCACUUAAGCUAACCUAAGUGAGAGAAAGACAUUUGGAAUCUGCAAUAGGUCCUUCCCUGUUGACCAUGUGACUUGUAACCUGACCUUGAACCCUUAGGCUAUCGCAGGCUUUGCUGGAGUUUGGCCAGAGAGCUUAGGAUGAAGAAGGAAGAAGGCAUAGGAAGAAAAAGAGAGAUUUUCUUUUUUACAUUCCCCUUGUAGGGUAAAUCUUAGCCAAGUCAUCAUCCUGAAAUGAUUCUGAAGGAUGACUUGAAGUAGACUAGAAGCCAAUCUGCUCUUUCCUACACAUAGUUUCUCCAAUAGGGUGAUAUAAUUUGUCUGCUUCAAACAGAGCUAAGUAAGGCCUGCCGUCCUCAUUGGUCAAAGGAGUAUGUGGGACCUUGAGUGGGCUCUGCCAUUAAGGCAGGCAGCCCAAGACCCAGGCAUUCAGGUGUUGUGUUUAUCAAUGCCCGCCCUCUGAGUUUACACGUUGAAUUGCUUCCAAGGGUGAAUACCCUGCUCUGUGAAUGCUCUGACACCUCAAAAGCCAACCUUAUGCUGGGUCUAUGUAUGUUCUUCUGGAGCACUGAUGAUCAAAAUGGAAGACAUUCAGGGGUUUUGAUUGAAGUUAAUGGGUUUGGUGGUUGGUGUAUGUGUAUUUGUAUGUCUUUGUAUGUAGUUCUACAUAAUGCAAACUUUCUGAUGGACAAGACCUCAUAACUGUGAUUAAUAUCAAUAAAGGGGAUAUUAUUGUGAAUGA